UGCUGCAUGUAUUCACUGAGUCGACUCUUGGACUACAACAACAUUGUAUUCUGAUUGCCAACAGUAGUAGUCUGUUGAAUGUGGCACUUGAUAAUCAACUGUAUAACCAUACUCAUUGUGGAGUGAUUGACCUGUGCUCAGCCACUCUCUCCUUGCAACAUGAUGCAGGCAAAGUAUGAGAAAAUCAACUGCUGCAAUAGGGUGAAGGCAGAGGUUGAAUAUGAGUACAGGCAGAGAGAGAGAGGUAGAGAGAAGGAAAGAGAGAGACAGACAUACAGUGGUAGGAUCUUAAUUUGAUCCAGCAGGAAAAUACAGACAUACAGGCAGACUAGGUCCAUAGAAAUAGGCUGUUCCAGUGUUCUGGGUGGAUAUGUGGAUAGGUAACUAACUUGGUGAUGUCACAAUGCCCCUUUACCAGGGAAGGAGAACUAGUUGUUAUAAGGGAACAUUAUGAGGUAACAUGUUGCCACGGAAACACACUUAUGUCAUAAUCUCAGACCACAUUAAAACGGUCAGACAAGCUCAGGUAGAGCGCAUUAGCUACAUUCGAACGAUCUCUCAACCUAUAACUGAUUUGAUUGAUUACAACAGUACACUACCUUGUCGUGACAUGGGUCAGAGACUAAGUGACCCUGUCCCUGAGGUAUCCCGUAGGGAGAAACCAAAGGAGACACAGGAACAUAAAGAUAAACCCAAGGAGAAGAGGAUCCCUCAAGCCCUGACCUUUCUUCAGCUGUUUACACUGCUGAGCUGCGUCAAGGUGAAGAAAACACCCUUUGAUCCCUCCCAGAGUGGUGAUGGGAGAAAGGGAACAACGAUAAACGAUACAAACAACAAUAAUGACUCUGAAACUGGCUUGGACUACUCUGCAGGUGACGUGAAAAGGAUCAAGGACAAGAGUAAAGGAAAGGUUGGAGGAGAGAAACAUAGCAUUGAAUCUCAGGACCACAAAUGCAGAACGACACAGGAAAAAGAAAAAGACAUUAAACAAAGACCUAACUCGGUCUCCCCUGAGGAGCAAGCAAAGGAGACCCAGCAGAAAGAGAAGAAGAAGAGCAUCCAUCCAGCUGUGGCGGCCCUGCAACUGUUCACUCUCUUCUGCUGUGGUGGGAAAGUCAAGCUGAGGAAGGACCAGGACAACGAUAAUGCAUCUGAUACUGGUUCAGACUUGUCUGGAGGUGAUGUUACAACCAAAAGGGUCAAGGACAAGAGUAAUGGAAAGGAAAAUCAAAGGACACCCCGGCAAGUGAAGACCCCUGUGGAGGAAAUGUACAUAAGACCUGACUCUCCGACUCUACCACGUGCCCACAGCUCCCUCUCUCAAUUUUCCCUGGCUCGGAACCUGGCCAUCCUCCCGCUGGAGUGGCAGCUACCCGGAGUCCCUCUGCCCACCUCGUCUAUGGCAACUAGGACAGAGAGAACCCCAUCCUCUACCAACACUUCGACACAUGCGCAGAUGGAAACACAGAGAUCAGAUAUGAACACAAACACAGACCACUUCUACCUCUCAGAGCCAGAUCUCCAUGGUCUCAUCGGAGACCAUGAUAGAUCUUCACACGUCAGACUCCAUUACCCAGACCUCCACUCUUGACAUGGCACUGACCCCUGAGAGCACUAAGGACAUGAUCACUACUGAUGAGGAUGUGAAGGAUGACUCUGCUAAAGAUUUGAUCUCCACCCUAACAGACACCUCUAUGGAGAAAUCCAUCAGUGAGACCAGCCUGAAAGACCUCAUUGCUGAGUAUGAAGAUGACAAUGAGCUGAAGGAUAUGGCUGCCUCCGCUACCCCUGCUACUGAUAAUGCCAAUGAGGAUGCAAUGCUGCUGGAGAUUGCAGCACUUUUUGACUGAUUACAUGUUGACAGUGGAGACCGAGCUGCCUCUGCAUCUCUGAAGAGCCAAUAGGCCUAAUGAACAUUUCAAUGUAGCAAAAGCUAUACUUUGAUCAAUUAAUAAAACAUUUUUUCUGCAGCAAAUUUUCACUACGGUUGAUAUGUGACGCAGCAUGUUUAGAUUAGACCUAUUUGUUUGAAUUCACCAAAAGUAAUAAAUAUUACUGCCAAGGGAACAAUCAAACUACUACAGGUAGGGGAGAGUGAAUAUAUCAGCAUAGAGUUCAUUUGGACAAUAAUGAUCCAUAAGCAUAUUGCAUUCUGUAAUGUAUGAAAUAACAUUCACCCACAGCGAAUACAAAUCAGACGUGUUCUAUUUUCUCCCUCUGUCCUUCCCUCCCACAUCCUGAUGAGGUUUAGAUCGUCAUGUUAUCCAGCCCUUAAACUGUUUAGCAUUUUAAUAACACCUCGCAAACUCAGGGCCUAAUUACCUUUGUUACACAUGCAUCAAAUAGAGUCCUCCUGUCACCACAUAUCUGAGCCACCUGAAGAUGCUUUGUUACUGGUGGGUUUCCAACAGAUUACAGGGAGAUUGGUUAAGUAAGUCAACCUAAAUAAGGAUGGU